CGCUGUUAUCGAGAGAGAGAGAAAAAAAUCCUUACAGUCGCCAUGAUACAGCAGCGGAAACGGGGAAGAAGUAGCUAGAAAACAAAAGAGAACACGCAGUCGUCCUCGCGUUUUGGUAUGCUCUUGCAGUGUUAUAGGAAUGCCCAAGGAAAAAUAUGACCCGCCGGAUCCCAGGCGGAUGUACACAAUUAUGUCCAGCGAGGAGGCAGCAAAUGGGAAGAAGUCAUACUGGGCUGAGCUGGAAAUCAGUGGCCGAGUAAGGAGUCUCAGCACAGCCCUGUGGUCUCUCACCCACCUCACUGCCCUGCACCUCAGUGACAACUCACUGUCACGCAUCCCGCCAGACAUUGCCAAACUACACAACCUGGUGUACCUGGAUCUCUCAUCCAACAAGAUCAGGAGCCUGCCGGCAGAGCUCGGCAACAUGGUGUCUCUCAGGGAAUUGCUUUUAAAUAACAACCAGUUGCGAGUUCUCCCAUUUGAACUGGGAAAACUUUUUCAGUUACAGACACUGGGGUUAAAAGGAAACCCACUUGCACAAGAAAUUAUGAGCCUCUAUCAGGAACCUGAUGGCACACGGAGACUGCUCAGCUACUUGUUGGACAAUCUGGCAGGGGCUAUCAAGCGCAUACCAACAGAGCAGCCACCAGCCAGGUCAUGGAUCUCACUCCAGGAACCAGACCGAACACGUCCAGCGACACUGUUCUCGGUUAUGUGUUACAACGUGCUGUGCGAUAAGUAUGCCACACGACAGCUAUAUGGCUACUGCCCCUCCUGGGCUCUAAACUGGGAGUACAGGAAGAAAUCCAUCAUACAGGAAAUCAUGAGCUGUAAUGCAGAUAUCAUCAGUUUGCAGGAAGUUGAAACGGAGCAGUACUACAGCUUCUUCUUGCCAGAGUUGAAGGAGCAGGGAUACGACGGGUUCUUCAGUCCAAAGUCACGAGCCAGAACGAUGUCUGAGUCGGAUCGUAAACAUGUGGACGGAUGUGCAGUUUUCUUCAAAACGGAAAAGUUCAGUGCUGUGCAGAAACACACAGUGGAGUUCAACCAGCUGGCCAUGGCUAACUCCGAGGGCUCAGAGCCGAUGCUGAACAGGGUGAUGACGAAGGACAACAUUGGAGUAGCUGUACUGCUUGAAGUCCACAAAGAGAUGAUGGAAAUGUCUUCUGGUAAAUCGCUCCACGGCCUGGACAAGCAGCUUCUGCUGGUUGCAAACGCCCACAUGCACUGGGAUCCUGAGUACUCAGAUGUCAAGCUGGUCCAGACCAUGAUGUUCCUGUCAGAGGUGAAGAAUAUCGUGGACAAGGCAACACGCAGCUUCAAGCUUUCCACCUCUGGUGAGACCAAUGCUAUUCCACUGGUGCUGUGUGCUGACCUCAACUCCUUACCUGACUCUGGUGUAGUGGAGUAUCUGAGUACUGGUGGAGUGGACUGCACCCACAAGGACUUCAAGGAGCUUCGUUACAGUGACAGCCUGACCAAAUUUAACUGCAAUGGCAAGAACAGCACGUCCAAUGGCAGGAUCACCCACGGCUUCAAGCUGAAGAGCGCCUAUGAGAACGGCCUAAUGCCUUACACCAACUACACCUUUGACUUCAAGGGUGUCAUCGACUAUAUUUUCUACUCCAAGCCUCAACUGAACGUGCUGGGCAUCUUGGGCCCCCUGGACCCUCAUUGGCUCGUAGAGAACAAUGUCAGCGGCUGCCCACACCCCCACAUCCCCUCUGACCACUUCUCUCUCUAUGCUCAGCUGGAGCUGCUCCUGCCCAGUGUACCCUCCCAGGUCAAUGGGCUUCACCUGCCUGCACGCAGGUAGUGAGACCCUGCCAUGCCACCAGGGGGAGCUGUAACCACAGCUUCCCCCUCCACCAGCUCUUCUCUCCGCAACCUCUGGAGGAGGAAGACCGGAAAACAACACAACCUGUAAAAUAAUCGUACAGUGAGGUCUGGCUGACAGGGAUUUCGUAUAAAAUGUUAUAGAUAUUCUAUAUAUUUUUUUUUUUUUCUGUUUUUCUUUUUACGUCCUUUUUUAACUGCUUGGUUCAGUCCUCUGUAUGUAUCACGUGUUUUGGACUCCCUGUUCUUAUCCGGUUCACAAACCCCUGCUUGCUUUAUUUUUUUGUCUUUUAACUAGAGGGGAUGGUAGCUCCUUCGGAUUCAUCACAUGAGUCUCUGUGUGGUUCAAUGGGGAAGCUUGAAAGCAGCUGAGUGGGUGACAUUUAGCUGAGAAGCUGCAGAGCUGUCUGUCUGUCUGUCUGUCUGUCUGUCCCUGUAUAAAUUUAAAACCAGCAAAGACAGCAGACUUGUCUGUCUCAGUCAUCAAUGUUUGGCUCAUGCUCGUUAUCCAUCUGUACUCCGGGCAGCCGGCGUAAAUUCUCAGUCUUUGUAAGAUGUGUACAUUUGUAAGUCGGGUCGAAACAGCUUUUUAUCGCUAUAGAUGAGUAUCCCUGCAAGCGGAUGCACUGCAGCUGAUCCGAGAGGAUGUUUUCUCCUGUCAUUCUGUGGUGCUCAGGCCUUCUGGUGUGGUCACGGCCUCCUGCGGUGCUACAAGAUAGUUCACACCCCUGACCCCUGGUCCUGGUGCAUUAGAAGCAGAAUCAUGUGACAUCGGCAGUUCAAAAAAAGAGAAAAAGUGAGAAACUGAGCAGCUACCAUCCUUUUUGCAGACAGUUUCAUCCCUGGCUUGUAUAGUUGUUAUGCUAGUCAUGUGCUUAAGAGCUCAUCUGGCCCGAGUAUCACCUUUUUUAGAGUAAGGAGCGAGGAAGUUAGGCUGAUCGGCAAAGCAGCGGGAGGGAGGGGGGCCUUUCACAAACCUUUUUCAUUGCCGUCAUUGGCUUUUUGCCACAGAGAGCGAAAAAUGGCUGACUAGUAAAACCAGCAUUCCUCUCACUAUCAGGAGAUGACCUCCAACUUCACUCAUGCAAGCUGUCUCAAACACACAGAGGUAAUUUGCAGGCAGAUGUGUAGCACUGUCUCCGAGGCCAGUAGUGACCUUCCCCCCAGCCAUAAGUUCACACACAGAAGCAGUGAUUUUUUUCACAAGUGUUUGUACAGAAUAGAAAUCUAGACUCAGUCUUUACAUGAUUGUAUAUGAACCACAAAAAGACCUGUUUUCUGGCAUUUUUUUUGUACGAAGAGUAAAUUAUGGUCAGAUUAAGAAAAAAAGAUUGUAUUGUAAACUAUGGCUAAAUUUUUAUCCAGUUAAUGUUAAGAUGAAUUAAUAUUACCAGCUUGUACAAAAGACGUAAGAGGAGGCUGCUUGCGGCGUUCGUUGUCACUUCUUUGCACUCCCAAGAGAUUAACUGUAAUCCAUUAGGAUUGUUUUGGUUGAUUUGCUCUGUUGUAAAUAGACAGUCAAUUUUUACAUGUUGCUUUCUGCCCAUUAACAAAGCCAAUGAUCUGGACUGCUGCCGAUGGUCUCGACGAUGGGACACGCAGCACCAAUUCGCAUCUGUUCAUCUGGCUCCACAGCGAAGCGCAAAACGACACAACAUGGAGAAGUCCCGCGCGUACGCCACGUACUCACUGUAGCAGUUGAUGUUGUCUUGCACUAUUUACAUGCAACAAACACCCAAGCAGCCUCCUCUCCUUUUAUUUUUAAAUACUGUUGAGACAUUUGUGAAGAUUUUAUGUCCUUUUUUUUUUUUUUUUUGUUAAUGUUUAUUUCCGUUUUUUUAUGAGAUGUGACAAUGUAAUGAUGAUGUUUAUAUCCUUCCUCUUCAUUGAGCUCUCUAGUAAUCAGGUAUGCUUUCUCCACCAGGCGGGGUUGUCUUUAUAAAUUCACUUUUGCCCCCAGAUUACCUAAUCUCCUUAGCUUCCUUCUUGGCCACAAAUACCCCCGAGCUUAUCCAUCACUCCCAUCAUAAAACACCCAACCUCAGACUUUUUCUGCUACACUUCUCUCAAACCAUUUUUUUAACCUCUUGCCCCACUAUUUUGUUUUGUAAAGAUUUUCGACCCAUGUCAUUGCAGCUAUAGUGCCAUUUGUGGACCACCCCUGCCGCUUGCCUUUGCAUUGGAAAGGGUUGGAAGAGCCCAUUUGUUCCCUGCUUUUUACUGCUGUUUCUGUCAAAAAGGCCAGGCUGUCAAGUUUCUAUUAAUCAGAUUUGUUGCGUCUGUGGGGUUAAUUGAAAUGCACUUAAACAAUUUGGAUGCAGCUCCUAUUAUUGUCCAAAAAGAACUUAGCAUGUUGAAGAAGCAAGGAAAUGGGUGUCAACUUUAGUGCCUGUCUCGUUCCUUCUGUCUUUCCUCUCCUGCAGUGAAAAUCGAUGUGUCCUAAUUGAUUUUUCUAUCCUGAAUGGCAUUAGUAUUGUAGUAGAUUUAAAGGGUAGCUUCUCUUUAUUUUGUUUGUUUUUUUGUAAAGUGUGAAUAAAAGAUGUAUUUCUUGUUUUCUUUCUAAAAAGAGAAGUUUUGGUGUUAAUGUGUAAAUCAUGAUUUCUACAAUGAUGAUGAUCUGCUACAUUGUUUUUACCUUUUCUUAUCCCUUCCACCACAAACCAAAUCCUCUGUCGAAAUCAUGACACAUUGUGUCGAUGGAUUGAUUGGAGAGGUCAAAUGUUCCUGGAGAUGCUUCACAAAAGGAAGUAACCACAAGAUCCCACCUUUUUCUUUGUUCUUUUUCUCCGUUUUAAGUUUCCACUUUACUUUGGAUGCUUCUUUGCACUAGCUGGAGAGUGCUGGUGUCCGUAGGUUAGGACAGCAGAGCUGUCUCACUAGUGGCUGCCGUUCAGUACUAGCAAAUACGUUUUUGACGGGUGUUUAAAAAAAUAUAACCUAAAAAAAAAAUAAAAAUAGUGUUUGUACGGCAAAGCUAACAAUGUGCCGUUAGACCGGUCCUGUGAUUUUAUUUUUUCUGUACUACCAGUCCCAUCCCAUUCUGAUUUCAUGCUUUACAAGUGGUUCAAUCUGUUAGACUAGCUAGUGAUGGUGUCGAAAUCUGUUUUUGUUUCUUUGUUACUUCUCUUCCUUGUUUCCUCUGAAUAUCUGUCAAAUUAGAGCUGAAUUUUGUCACCAGUGGGUCAUCAAGUUGCAAGCUUUUUAUUUGUUCAGGCUGAUUUAGCUUAGUGAUUUUUGUUUUUUUUCCUCCUCCUGGCUGCAUCUUUUUGUAAUGGUGCAAACCAAAGCUGCUUGUAGUACAGUUCUGUUGUAGAGACCAAUCUUACACCAGACAACCUUUUUCAUGUCUGUCAUUUUGGGAAAAAACGACCCGCCGUCUUCAUGCAAAGUAGGGCUGUUGUUUCUUUUCUCUGAUCCCAUUUAGUUUCUUGUUCUUUCCAUCAGCUAAACUUGGCAAUAAUAACCAGAAACAUUCACAUUCAGCCAUUUUUGUUAACCCUUUUAAAAUGUAGCCAUUGCACCCUUCAAACCGUUUCACCCACCUUAAAUCUUCUUACCUGCAUCGUUACCCGGACCUCCAACUCCCCCUCUCUUUUAUCAUCCAUUUUGUAUAUUUGCUCAUCUCUUCCUUGCCAAUUUUAGUGGUAGUUGUUGAAUGAUCAGGAUUGUCUAUCUGUAGUCAGCUGAGUACAUAUAUUGAUCUGUGUCACUGUGUUUAUGCACUGGACCAACUAUUGUUUACCAUUCAUAAAAUACCAGCAAAAAAAAAGGAAAAAAAAAGAUGAACACUUGCACAAUGUUGUAGAAUGUCCAUUAACCCAGAUGAGAAAUCAAGGCAGCUGUUUUCAAAUCAACACAUACUGUUUAAAACUGAAACUGAAUGGUAAACAAUGCUUUCUGUUGUAUCCCUUAGCCGUCCUUUUUAUUCUCUUUGGACUAGUUUUAUUCUUUUAUUAUAUAUUUUUCUUUUGACUACAGGUUCUGCUUGUUUCCUUUACACCUACCUAUGUAUUUUCCUACUUCUGGUUGAAAAAUAAAUUCUGUAUUAUCUGUUUCAAGCUGUGUCACCUCUUAUUCUUUGCAAUGGAUAUUGAAAAUAAAUUCUAUAUCUGUU